ACCCGUCACGUCGACAGUUCGAGCCGCAUCGUUGUCGAGAGACUGAGAGAGACACGGAACUGGGAAAAAUGAGCAGUAGAUCACAGAUGACUACAAUGAACGGGAAGAGGCCCUCUUCGAUACCAUGUAGACAUCAGCCAGAGAUAUUAUCGCAACAUUCUGACUUGAUCAAGUAUAUUUAUGAUUCAUGGAAUUCCGUAUCUAGAGAGCUAGAUAUGUGUCAUAAUCAACCACACAGUAACUCCUCUAAUUAUAGAAAUGGAGCGUCAGUUACUUAUUAUCAAGAAUGUGAGCCAAAUCCACAGUUGAAAGAUUUUGAACCAUUUAAUUUGGAAGCAUGGUGGGGACAGCGUGUUGUACAAAGUGUUAUUACUACUAGAAAUGCAAAUUCCUAGUGCCAGGCCCAACAUGCUGACUAUAAUCGGACAUUUUCAAACAGACAUAAGAAACAAAAGAGAUAAAUUGCGAUUUUAAAUUCAAUUUUUGUUUCUUUUGAGAUUUGUUUUAUAUUUUUGACCAUGAUACUUUAAAGCUGGGAUUCAAGAACAGAGAAAGUGUAACAUAUAAAAAAUAUAAACAGUAAGACUUAAAUACUAAAACAUUCGAACACACACAUGCACACACACACACACAUGCACACACACACACACACACACACACACACACACACACACACACACACACACAAGUGAAACAAAGAGUUUUAAAAUGGCAAUUUUAUAUUCUCGAGAAUUUUUUUUAUGACAAUUGAUUAAUUUAUUAUUUAAAUCUU